GCUCAGUGGGGAGUGCAAGAUGUUUCAGCUCGAUGCUCUUUAUGCCCGUAGUCUUCCAUGUUGCAUACAAAAGCGUGCAUGUUGUCUACAGCUUGAUGUUGAAGAUAGUACAAGUGAUCUCUUACACAACUAUUCUUAGAUUUGAACAUGAGUGUGUGAUCUUGACAAUUGUUCGAGUUUGACAAAGAAACAGCCGUAUUCAUGAUCUCUACGCAGAUUUCUCGUUGCGUAACUGUGUCCUUCCCGUAUAUAGCCAGAUCUGACCCAUCCCACAAAGUUUUUAUACUUACUUCAAAUCGAGUUUCUCACAAGAAGUACUCCAAUGACCAUCUAAGACAGACACCCGCCGAAAGCACGAACACAGUCAUGGAAGAAACUCCGUCUUCUGAUAUCGGCCGCGGCAGGUACCAGACACUACGAGAGCACACGAAUGCUUUGAGUAAGCCAAUCCCACCUCAAUUCGUUGGGGUAGCAGAACAGGAGCCCGUACGCGCCAAAGACUUGGACAUCCAUAACGACAAAUCGUGGAGAGAAACACCGCUGUCAUCAACGCUCAGAGACCAGGAGCUGGAGCGGCCAGAACACCUGGCCAAAAAAGCCAAGGUCAAAGAAUACAUCUUCACGGGCUCUCGCGAGAAGGACACAAGAGCCCUGCAUGAAUACAUCGCAGCGUGUGACAGAGCCAUCCAUGCUCUUGAUGCCAACAAUCGAGAUGCGCGGACACUUGAGAGACUGAAACUUCGUAUGGACAUGACGAUCCUCAAAGAGUCCUUGAAAGAGGAGCUCGAAGUAUGAAGAGUGAUACAAGCGAAAUCAUCAUAGCUGACGGAGCCCAGGUUUUGACAGAAGAGGUUGACGAAGAUGGCUAUCACGGCUUUGACGACGGGCCAGUAGACAGUCAAUUUAAGCGAUCGCAAAUGCGACCCAGGGGCUAUCGGU